GGCACUUGGCUGUCAUGGCCCAGGGACUUGCCUCCCCAGUUGGACUGUUUUCUGAUGAAGAAGCUGCCGCCUCUCCUGUCCUGGAAUCCACUGUGGCAGAAUGUGGACUUGGUCUGCGGCGAGCUCUUUUGCCAGACUUCUCUGCCAUCUCUGCAGGCCAAGAGCAGGGUAUUUCCAGUGACAGCGGAAAGGUGAAAGUGUAUGCAAGAGUGCGCCCGCUGAAGCCCACAGAGAUCGAGAAGCAAGAGGAUCAAGGCUGUGUCUGCAUAGAAAAUGCUGACACCCUUCUUCUCAAAGCACCCAAAGAUUCUUUCACGAUGAGAAACACCGAGCGAGGAAUUGGCCAGGCAGUGCACAAAUUCACUUUCACCCAGAUCUUUGGACCAGAGGUAGGCCAGAAAUCAUUUUUUGAUGCGACAAUGAAGGAAGUGGUGAAGGAUGUACUCAAUGGGCAGAACUGGCUUGUUUAUACCUAUGGAGUCACUAAUUCAGGGAAGACUUACACAAUCCAGGGAAGUGGUACUGACAGAGGGAUCCUGCCCCGUUCCCUAGCCAUCAUAUUCAACAGUAUUGGGGCACGGUUGUACCGAGCCACAGACCUGAAACCUUUCCUAUCAAGCAUAGUAAAUUGGCUGGACAGCAAACAGAUUCGUCAAGAGGAAACCAAGAAGCAGGCUCUGAUCUGUGGUGGGAUGAAGGAGGAGGAGCUCUUUACUUCUCUGAGCAAAAGUCACAGCACAGUGUCCCAGGCACAAGCACCCACAAGUGGUAGCAUUGACAGUGGGGUUGGUGGUCUCUCUUCUAUUUGCCAGUCGACAGACCAGACAAACUGGACCCAGCUGGAAGAGAAAGGACCUCACAAGGCUGACCCAGACAGUGUUUCAUUUGUGACUCAAGAGGAUGUGCAAUUUUCUAUCUGGGUCUCCUUCUUUGAGAUCUACAAUGAGCUGAUUUAUGACUUGCUGGAGAUCCCUGCAUCUGCCCCAAACCGCAAGAGGCCAACACUGCGACUCUGUGAGGAUCAGACUGGAAAUCCAUAUGUUAAAGACCUGAAUUGGGUCAAUGUGCAAAAUGCUGAAGAGGCCUGGAAACUACUGAAAUUAGGCCGGAGAAAUCAGAGCUUUGCCAGCACCCACCUGAAUGAGAAUUCUAGCCGCAGCCACAGCGUCUUCUCCAUCCGAAUUCUACACCUUCAGGAAAGCAGCAGUAAAAUGGUCCCAAAGAUCAGCGAGCUCUCACUCUGUGACCUUGCUGGCUCAGAACGCUGCAGGGAACAGAGAGCUGGGGAUCGUUUGAAAGAAGCCAAUAACAUCAAUACAUCUUUGCACACACUAGGGCGAUGUCUCACAAUCUUGCGCCAGAAUCAGCAGACCAAGUCAAAGCAGAAUGUGGUGCCCUUCCGGGAUAGCAAACUAACCCGUGUGUUCCAAGGUUUUUUCACAGGACGUGGGCAGUCCUGUAUGAUUGUCAAUAUCAGCCCAGGUGCUUCAUCAUAUGAUGAGACCCUCCAUAUGGCUAAGUUCUCUGCUAUUGCCAGCCAGCUUAUACAGGCUCCCACAAAGGUGGGGCUCCUGUCUAUCCAUUCACUCAUCAAGGAACACAGCAUUCGAAUUAAUAAAACUGUGGCUGUUUUGGAUGAAGUAACAGAGCCUAAUGAAGACAGCAAAGAUGAAACAGAUGUGACUGCGUAUGAUAAGGAGGACCUUGUGCGUGUAGUUGAGGCUGUGCAAGAACUGCUGCUGAAGGAGCGCCAGGAGAAGUUUCAGCUGGAAAUGCAUCUCCGUGAUGAGAUCUGCAAUGAGAUGAUGGAGCACCUACAACAGAGAGAGCAGUGGAGCAGUGAUCAUGUGGAUUCUCAAAAGGAGAUGUUGGAGGAGCUGUAUGAAGACAAACUGAAUAAUCUGAAGGUGUCGCUGACGGAUUACUAUCUUGAGGAGAUUGAGAAUCGGGACGACAAGAUAAAAGAGUUGGAAGCUGCCUUGCAAGAGGCAAAACAACAGCAAGACUCCAAAGGAGGCAAGAGGCAAGAUACGGAGGAAACUUUACGCAGAUCCAAACGGAUUGCAUCUACGCAAGAAUUGCUGGAGGUGAAAGAUAAGCUAGAGAAAUGCCAGGCAGAGCUGAGUGCAUCUACUCAAGAGCUGCACAAGUAUCGAAAAAUGCUGGAGCCGCCACCUUCUGCAAGGCCCAUUGCUGCUGAUUUAGACCGGAAGCUAGAAGAAGGCCAAAAGAACGUGAGGCUGCUGCGUUCGGAGCUGCUGAAUCUCGGGGAGCUGUUCCAAUCAGCUGAAAGAGCAUGUUGUCACAGCACAAGUGCUGGGAAGCUUCGCGAAGCUCUCAAUAAGUGUGACAAUAUCCUGACCAAGCAGGACCAGACCUUGGCUGAACUUCAGAAUAACAUGAUACUAGUGAAGCUGGAUAUGCGGAAGAAGGCUGCCUGUAUUGCAGAGCAGUAUCAAACUGUGCAGAAGCUCCAGGCUGCAGCAAACACGGCAGCGGUGGCACCAACUUCUAUUAAAAAGCGUUUCUGUGCAAAUAAUGAAAAUUUGCAGCCCAGGAGUCAGCCACCAACCAAGAAGCCCUUCUUGCACAACUUUCUCACUCGCUCAGUGACUCAGCCUGCGGUGACAGAGAGCCCUUACGCUCGCAUCUUGCACGCCCGAGGACCUCCAGUGCUCAAACCGCUGCCCUUUACCAAAAAAUGCUGAGUGCUUUGGACCGGAGGCCUGGG